UCAUCCGGAAGCGGCCCUGCGGCGGUGGUUGCUAUGGCAUCGCCGGGUCGCGCAACCCUAGGCAGAGAAGAUGGCGGUGCCGGGCUGGCUGGAGAGGUUGAGGGCGGCGGAGAAGACGGCCCUGUUGCAGGACGGAAAGAGGAAAGUGCAUUACCUGUUCCCUGAUGGAAAGGAGAUGGCUGAAGAGUAUGAUGUAAAAACCAGUGAACUCCUAGUUAGAAAGUGGCGGGUGAAGAAUGCCCUGGGAGCUAUGAGUCCAUGGCAGACAGAAGUGGGAGAGCCAACAACCCCUGGGGGUGGAGUCCUGGGAUCAGAGCUCAUCAAGGAAAGCAGUUCCAAUCCCAUCUUCAUGCGGAAGGACACAAAAACAAGUUUUCAAUGGCGGAUUCGUAAUCUUCCCUACCCCAAGGAUGUCUACAGUGUCUCUGUGGAUGCAAGUGAGCGCUGCCUCAUUGUCCGGACCACUAACAAAAAGUACUACAAGAAAUUCUCCAUUCCUGACAUGGACCGAUACCAGCUUCCUCUGAGCAGCUCUGCACUGAACUUUGCCUAUGCCAACUGCACUCUGAUCAUCACUUAUCAAAAGCCAAAAGAGAUCCUAGAUGCAGAGGAAGAGUUACAGAGAGAGCUGAAGAAGGUGAAGACAGCCAAUGGCCAGAGUGGGGAUUGUAAGACCCAGUAACUAGGCCACUCUGUCUGCAGACUUCCUAACUGGAAGUCUUUUGGGUCAUUUCCAUAAAGAGCCCUGAUGAACAGGCGGUGGCUUUAUCCUUAGCUGAAUGAAGACUUCGCUGGGUUUCAGGAUUUAUCGCACAGAUAAAGUUGAGCCUGAAAGCAGGCUUGAUUCCUCCCAGGUCUUCUAGGUUGGCUGAUUUUCUGAGUAAAGAUGAUUUGAGUUAC